UGCCCACCACACAACCAGGCAAUGUGUAUAUAUUAACCAUUCAAGACCUACUAACAAAAUAUUCAUUAGCCCUCCCUCUCCAACAUGCAGGUGCGAUCGACGUAGCGGAUGCUUUCACUAACGACUUUAUAUGCACAUUCGGUGCUCCGAAAACUAUCUUGACCGACCAAGGCUCACACUUUCUUAAUAGCCUUAUGCGAAAUGUAGCGCACAAAUUCAAAAUUAGACACUUUAAAACCACGGCAUACAGACCGCAAUCAAACGGUUCAGUGGAACGAUCACACCAAGUACUCUGGGAAUACCUAAAACAGUUUGUAAAUAAAAACAAUGACUGGGAUAGACAUUUAAAAUUAGCGUCAUUUUCAUACAAUACUAGCGUCCAUGAAGGCACGCGAUACACCCCCCAGGAACUAGUGUUCGGCAAAGUAGCCAAAGUACACUCCAGCGAAUCAGACACGACUAAUGAGAUAAAUGAAAGCUACGCAAAGUAUCUGACCGACCUGUUUAAUAAAAUCAAAGACGCACGAGCAAUAGCGCGUGAAAACCUAAUUAAUUCUAAGGAAAGGUCGAAGCGCUAUUACGACCGUAAGAUUAAGACCCGUAAAUUUAAGCUAGGAGAUAACGUAUACCUACUUAAGGAACCCACGAAAGGGAAAUUAGGAGACCAGUACACUGGUCCGCAUAAGAUAAUAGAAUUGUUAAGAAAUAAUAAUGUUAGAAUAACCAUAAGUAAAAAUAGGACAAAACUUGUGCACGAAGACAAGCUAAAGCACUCGCCCCAUAAUGCCCCCUCCACGCCAAACCCCCACCACGAGGACCAGCACCAGGGAGGCUAUAACAGCGGCAUACCGGCGGAGGACCGGCCAGUAACGAACAAACCAUAAGAUGAGAACUUUCUUACCGAUAGUCGCCAUCAUCGCGCUCUGUUUCCCCAUCUUUCAUAGCCUGAUAGGUUAUGAUUGUGGAGGACAAGGACUCAACAUAACCUCACUGUCCUUGCUGGACAUAGGCAGAUGUGAGGUCGAUAACCUGGAGCCCAACAAGGAGGAUGUCUACGUCCAACUACUGCAGCUUUCUGAGUACGACCGCACAGAUGUGAUUCAAUGCAAGAUUGAGGUAGACCAAACAAUUUAUUACUGCGGGAUGCACUCCCAUAUCUCCAUUGUCCAGGGAGGUCGACGGCAGUAUAUGCACGAACUCUCUGACUCCAUUUGUAAAAAGAUGCAGAAUUCAGGAGCCAUUACGAUGGGAACGGGCCAACAGAGCAUCAUACAGGGCCUCAAAAGAAAUAGCACGAACACGCGUUCUAUUACACUAGCAGGCUCUAACUCCGUGGACGGACGAUGUUCCGGAACGGAAUAUAGCGACGCCUUUGGAAUCUGGGAAGACGUCGUCGUCCAAGCAGUCGUCAAGGUAACCCUACGAGACUUUGAAGUCUCGAUCGAGCGAAAAUCAAACGAGGUGAUCCUCCCAUCUGGCGUGCACUGCAAGGCAUCACCAGGCGAAUGCCUCGAUACCGACUGAUCGGAGACUUACUGGAAUAUCGCCCCAAGAAACAGCUGCCAUUUCGACAGGUAUGAUGUUCUCUACGAGAGAAUAGCCAGCAAACUGAUCGCCAAGGGGAACUACUCAACACCAGCAGUAUAUACGGUGACAACCAAGGAAACCACAUUUGCGCUCACCAAAACGACGGAGCUCAACCUAUGUGGAUACCGCCUGCUGCAAACUGAACACCCGAAAUUAUCAAUUCUGGAAACACAGAGAGGCAAAACCUUCAAAACCAGAGCCAGAGUAUCUGUCAACAACUUAGACG